AUGCCUACAAGAACCAGGGCCAAACCACCGACUGAUAACGCUGUAGCAAUUCUCAAAAAGAAGACUGCAGCAAGAGCAAAGGAGAAGAAAGAACUCGCACAACAUGUAAAGGAGACUUCCAAAGAAAGUGAACUUCCCACUUACAAAGAUAUGAUUAUUGAAGGAAUAACGUCGUUGAGUGAAAAGAAUGGAUCCAGCCGUCAAGCGCUGAAGAAAUACAUUUCAACGAAAUAUUCAAUGCGCGAUGGAUUUGAAGCACGUCUAAAUUUGGCCAUUCGACGUGGAAUUGAGACUGGGGCGUUUACACAACCAAAGGGACCCUCAGGUCCCAUCAAAGUUAACAAAAGCAACAAAGUUGAAAAACCUUUGACAGAAAAGACUGCAGGCACCAAGACGUCGACAAAGUUGAAGCAGGAAUCGAAACCGGCCGAGGAUUUCAAGAAACCUAAAUCCAAAGGAAAAGUGGUCAAAACUGUUGAAGCCAAACCUGUCGCGAAAGAAGCGAAACAAACCAAGGCUCUUAGAGACAAGAAAGAAAUGCCAUCUGCUAGCACGAGAGGGAAAACUUUAUCAGCGAAGGAGUCCAAAGACCGUGUGACACCUAGUGCUACCCGCGGUGCGGGUAGACUACGCUCAAGCAACGUUCCAAGAGCUCAAAAACUCAAAACUUAA